AUGCAAGCAUUGCUCCAUGCGUCGACGACCGUCUUGGACGAGGACGAGGAGGUCAACGACCCGCUCGUGGCCCAACUGUACGCAACGUUUGACGACCUUCCGCUCGAGCAAACGCUCGACGCCUUUGCAGGCACCGAGGACCGGUCGCUCCUCGCCGUCAGCAGCGGCGCCGUCUGGACCCACUGCCGCGACGUGUGCUUGGACUUGUACGCAGCCGCGAUCAUCCUCUCGCUGCACUUGCUCUCGCUGGAAACCGUGUUCGUCGUCGGCCUCUCGAUCGUCUCGACGAGCGCCUACUUUCACGCGCACGUUGCAACGGACGGACCGUCGUUUGCCGCGAAUCUCUCGUGGACCAUCGUCUCGUUCGCCGUCGUCUCGCCCAUGAUUAUGCAAAUCCGGCAAGCGUUUACCCGACGAGAGCUCGCGCUGGACCUCCUCGCAGAAGUCAAAGCGCUGAGCUGCAAUGUGCUCUUGGCGCACGUCAUGUGGGACUGGGGCAAGAACGAACGGGCCAAGCUGCCUGUGCAGCAUGCUUCUAUCACCAAGCAACUCUUGCGGACCGUGCUCGCCGAUCUGCAGCGCAUCUUGACGCUGCCGACAUUUACGCGCGGCCGCCAUCAGUUCACAAGCGUCGGGAAGGACCAAGCGUCGUCGUUCCUGGAUCACUUUCACGGCCUCGCGCGCCGGGUGACGUACUCGAUCCAGCUCCUCCAUGGCCAAGUCGAGGUCAUGAAGGCCGUGGGACUGCCCGCGAACGAGGCGUCGCGCAUCAACCAAUACCACUGGUUGCUCCAAGCGCGCCUCGAGAAGCUCUGCAACAUCAAGCUGUACCGGACGCCGCAAGCAACGCGGUCUUUUACACGGCUCGUCAUCUUGCUUCUGCCUCUCUUUUACGGACCCUACUAUGUGUACGUGGCGACGACGGGGCCGACGAGCUACGGCUUUGCGCUCAUGUUGAGCGUCGUAACGAGCCUCCUCAUGAUUGGCAUCUUCAACGUCGAGAGGGCGCUCGAAGAUCCGUUCACAGACGAAGGCCUCGACGGCGUCAAGGUCCAACGCGUCUUUGCUCGCAUUAGCGACUCGCUCGACGUCCUCUUACCAUCGAACGGGACCAAACACCGCCCACGUUCACCAGUGCUGCCUCGUUAGCGAUCAGAACUUAGUCAGCUUCCUACUACCCUACUACAUAGC